AAAGCAAUAUGGCGGAAUUGUAAUUGGUACUACGAUGGCGUAUGUUAGCAUUAUCUUUGGAGAAAUGAUCUUACGUGUCACGAAUUAAUGUUUCUUAACAUAAAAAGAAGGAUGUGAACACUAUAAGUAUUUAUCAACUAACCUGUCAAUUCUGCGCCGUACCGGUGCGACAGGUAUAGUUUGUCAGCUUUUGUGAUGAGAAUUGUCGAUGAAUUUUAUAGAAUUGGCCUAAUCAUUAUAAUUAAUAACGAACGUUUUAAGAUAAAAUCGACAAUGAUAUGAUUUGACUGUCAUUAUUUUAACAUAAUAAUUUCCACCAGUCGAUGAAAAGAAACUAAAAAUUUUAUUUAAAAUGGAGAUUGGUGUUGUUAAGAUCGCAGAGGAUAAAGAUUUUGAGAAGUUGAAACAGCUCUAUGAUAAUAAUAAUGAUUGGAAAUUAGAUUAUAAUAAGCCAGAUUUGUCCGUUUGGACAAAGACUGUUCCUGGUAUUAGUUUUAAAAUGGUAAAGAUUAGAACAAGAUUUUCUGAUAUUAUGCCAGAAACCUUAUAUGAUGUUUUACAUGAUCCUGACUAUAGGAAAGUUUGGGAUACUCAUAUGAUUGAAUCAAAAGAUAUAGGAUUUUUUAAUCCAAAUAAUGACAUAGGAUAUUAUUCUAUGUCUUGUGCAUCUCCAUUGAAAAACAGAGAUUUUAUAUUACAACGUUCGUGGCUUGAUACUGGAGGAGAACAACUCAUCAUAAAUCAUUCUGUUUAUCAUAAAGACUACCCACCUAGAAAACAUUUUAUUAGAGCAACAUCUUAUUUGACAGGUUAUAUUGUAAGGCCUUCCCGAAAUGGAGAUGGUUCAGAAUUGGGUUACGUAUCUCAUACAGAUCCACAUGGAAAAAUACCUGUAUGGUUAAUGAAUAAAGUUACUCAAAUAUUUGCCCCAAAGAUGGUGAAAAAGUUACAUAAGGCUGCUUUGGGAUAUCUAGAUUGGAAGGUCCAAAAUAACCCAAAUUAUAAACCAUGGCACUUUCCAGAACAGAUAACAGCACCACGAAUACGAAUAGAGGAUUGCGUUAAAUCUACAGAAGAAAAAAAUUCCAAAGCUAAUUAUGUUGAUGAGUCUGAAUUGAAAGAGAUACCUCAUAAACAAUCUACAAUAAUGGACAAUGAUUAAUAUCUCGUAGUAUUGAUGUAGAUCUUUGCAUAGAUAAGAGUAGAACUAUAUAGUAUAGUCUGUUAGGUACACACUUGCAAAGUGCAAAUCAUGUGUACGUUUUUGAGAGGACAAAAGUUUAUGAUGUAACUACUGAAGUUUUACACUCCGCAUUGCGCCUUGUUGGCUACUAUUUUUAAAUGAUGAUGUUAUAAAGGACAAAUUUUAUCAUGGCCUGCUUUACAUUAAGUGCUAAUUUAAGCUUUUUAUAAAUGAAUCCUACGUAUUGUUAUAAUAUAAAAUAUAGUUCUAUCUAUUUCCAAAGAGAAUUUAAGGAAAUGCACAAUAUAGAGAAUAUAUAGUUAUCACUUUGAUCUCUUUACUACCUACAUUUUCUGAAUAUUUCAGAAUUCUUAUAUAUUGCAUUUAUAUUAAACUAUUAUAUAUGUAUUUUAACUGAAGAAACCACUUAUCUCAUAUAUUGUGUGUUUCUCAUUAGUUAUUAUUAAUAUUCUCUUAACAACUGAACGAGUAAAGAUGGUUUAUGCCAGCUAUAAAUAAUAAACCGUUAUAUUUUAGAGUGAUAUACUGUGAUUAUAGUGCAAAUAAUCUUAUUAUGUUUCUUGUUGAAACAGAAAUCAAAACGUAGCUGCAACAUUUUUACAACAAUUUUCUUCCUUAUGGCAAACCCGCCAAUAGUGUUCAUAUUUAUUCUAUUAAUUUAAAGAGCUUAACCUAAAAUAUUAUUAUUAACACAUUUAUUCUGAAUUCUAAUUUAAAUAAUUUUAAACGAUCUUAUAAUGUGUGUAAGUAAAAGAAAAAGAUAAAUAUAAUAAUUUGUUAAAAAUAUUAAUAUAGUCUGAUAAUAAUGUGCUUCAUAUUUGCAAAAAAAUUUAUGAUAAAGAUUUCAAUUUAAAAAAGACUUAUUCACAGAUUGUAUUAUUAUCUACUAAUGAUAAAGUUUUUUACAAUAUUUCAAAAAUUAUUAUAUAUACACGAGUUUAAAUACUGUAUCUGAAAAAGUAAAGUGAAUUUUUUAAGAUUUAUUACCAACAUAAUUUAUUCAUUUUAUCGAUUUCCAUACUUCUUUAUAAAAGAAUGGCUUCUAAAAUCAAACUUAAGCGACCUAAAUAUAUAUAUAUAUACACAUAUAUACAUAUAUGUCUAUUAUACUACAUAUAUAUAUAGUUUGAUAAUGGAUCUGUAUUCGACUAUUACAUAUAUAAUGUUAUAUUAAAUGUUAUUUUUUUCUUGUAAAAUAGCUGUUUCUUAUUCAGGUUAUAUUAAUAUAUAUAUAUAUAUAAUCUAAGUCAUUGUAGUACCAUAUAGUCUGUACAAAAAUUAAAGAAAUAGAGGUUUUCCACAAAAUUGUUCAUAAUUUAUAACAUGAUUCCUAUAUCCUAAGAUCCAAAAUAUAAUGAAACAAUUGAUACAAAGGACAGAAGAGAAAAUUGAAAAAACCAUGACAAGAACAAAAAAAUUUUAAAAUCUUAAAAUUUUCCAGGGAACAUAGAACGGUAAUAAGAAUAAUUAAUAUAUUAUUACCAUUGAUUUUAGAAUGUAAAUAAAAUCUUUCAUUUAUAGCGGGAAAAUCAUUCUUAGAAAUUUAAAAAAUUCAUUAUACGAUACGCCAUCUAGAUACAUGCGCUUUAAUUACUUUGACUGACAGGCGCGCUCUU